CUAGUUACCACAACCACAAAGUCAGAACGUCUAUAUGGUAAAAAUGUACGAAAACAAAAAUAUUUUUUUGUCUUAUUUUAAGGUUAGGGUUAGGUAUAAGGUUAGCCACGUGAUUAAGUUAAGGAUUAGGUUUAAAAUCACAUUUUAAGAGUAUAAAUCGUAGAAAUAGGCGGAGUUUAUGACUUUGUGGCCGUGGUAACUCGUGACGACCGUGUUGUUGUUUCCUUUGAUCAGACUGAAAAUAAGUUUCCUACAAAAUAUUUUUCAACGACCGCUAGAAGAUGGCGAUGAAACGAACAUCAAGUUAUUCUCUAUUUUUACUGUUUAUGUCGUUUAUUUUAGCUGAGUCUGCACCUCGACAGUUGAACACGGAAAGCAUUCUGAUCAAUGUGACAGCAGGGACAUUGGAUGACACACAGGUGCAGGAGUCCAACAACUUGCAGAUCAACCUGAAUAUUUCAGUGGAUGAAGAACAGGUGCUCAUCAAUGACAUCCCUGUGGAGUUGUCAGGGGUGACUAGGUUGAACUGCCAGGCCUUGCUGUUGGAUACCAUUAAUGGAACCAGUGAAUUUGAAUCUGGUGACUAUGUGUCCACUGUCACCCGGGUGAUGGUGAGCCAGAAUCGCCUGUGGAGUGAUUCAGAAGAGGUGGUGGCUCUCCAGGUGUUCAGCGAGGUCAUUGAGAUGGAGGGGAAAAAGGUCCAGCAGCCAGAAAUGUGCGAAGUGAAGAUACUGAUGAGCCCCAAUUUCCAGAAGCUUGCUCAGUAUACCAACACCUACCCCAUUGGACACAGUGAGAUCUUCAGGAUCCCAAGGGAAAAUGAUGUGGUUAUCACAGAUCCAACAAAUCCUAAAAAAGCUGAAGACCAAGUGAUGUCCCAUACCACCAUUCAUUACCCUCUGAAGCAUGCUGACACCACCCAGGAGGAGAUUGCUGCUCCAGGCAAGCUCCCAGAGACUCCCCUCCGCAUGGACCCAGACUUGCUGUAUGAUAACAAUGAUGAGGAUGAUGACUUGGGAGGGCUGUCGGAUGAAAUGCGGACAGAGGCACCGCUCAAAGAAUCCAUCUCCUCUUACAGUGCCAUGUGUCGAUGGGUGGAGGAGGUGAGGGACCGCCUGCGACGCUUCUGGUCUGAGUCCUUGCCCCUGUUCUUCUUGAUCAUGUGGGUGGUGGUGAUUGGUGUGGUUGGGUCAGCGGUCAUUGUCAAGAUCCUGGACAUGCUCUUCCCAACAUGUGAACACAAGGGAAUUUUCCAUUUAAAUCCUGUGACUCUGAUGCCUGAAGAUGAGAAACACACCCUGCUAGAGAACAUUGAAAUAGAGGCAGAGGAAAAAGCCUUAAAUGAAAACUGAAGACUGAAGUGGAGUGAGUCCAAUUGCAGCUGUUGACAAGGCAUUGUGGUUAGAGAAACCAUAAUCUUUUUGUAGCACUUAAACAUGCAUUGCAUACACAUUAUUUGCUUUAUACCCUCUACUCAAAACAUGAAUCUGUUAAUACUGCAAGCAGAUCAUACUUAUGGACCUAGCUACCUACUGCACACUUAAUGAUUGUGUUACCUCAAGUUACAAUAUUACUUUGUGUUUAGAAAUUUGGAUAUACAGGUAGCCUAGCGGUGAAGAGUGUUGGGCCAGUAACCUGAAAGGCCGCUGGUUUGAAUCCCCGAGCUGACUGUGAAUAUGUCGAUGUUCCCUUGGGCAAGGCACGUAACCCUAAUUGCUCAUGUAAGUCGCUCUGGAUAAGAGCGUCUGCUAAAUGACAAAUGUAAAUAUACCACACGUUAUUGAUUUCU